AUGGACAAAGAAAACGUUUUUGACAAACCAGUAAAGGAUUAUGAGAUUACCUUGUUGUACAAUACUAAUACAAAAACAAGCUUUGCAUGGCAGAAUUUUGGAACGUUAAUAUUGAAAGAUGGAGAUAAGAAAGUCGCAAUUAUGCAAUCUAAGGUUUUUUGUCUGUCUUGCUUAAAAACAGCUCAAAAAACGUCAGAGUCUGAAGAAAAUGAAGAACCGUUUUCGAGUUUUGUCAUUAAAUCGUACAGUAAUACGAUCAGUACGGGAAACCUCAUAAGACACUUAGCAGAUUCCCAUAACAUCAGAGAAGAUAGAAGAAAAGUCACUGAACAUAAGUUAACAAACUUUUUUACCAUCCGUCCGAAGAAUCCAUUCAGGAAAGAAAGUGAUAAAAAAUGGUUAUUCGGUAGACAUUUAGUAUUGAUGGCAUGUAGAGACUUAUUACCAUUCACCAUCGUAGAAAAUGAAGGAUUCCGAGACUUUUUAAGAAAAUAUAAUGUGAUUAAAGAUGGGACAGACUUACCAGCACGUAUGACUUUAAGUCGUACUGCUUUAGAAGACGUUUUUGUUUCUAUGAAAGAGCAUAUAAUGGAUAAGUACACAAAUUGUGCAAUUAAUGACUACUGCUUUACUUUCGACAUGUGGACAGAUAACUAUCGUCACAGAAAUUAUAUAUGUUUUACGCUUCAUUUUAUAGAUAACGAUUUUAAUCUUAAAAGUAUAACUUUAGGCAACAAACUAGUCGUUGGAAAACAUACUGCAGAGAACAUUGUAUUUCAUUUAGACACUAUUAAAGAUGAGUUUACCCUCAGCAAUAAAAAAUAUUUCAUUGUGACCGACAGCGGUGCAAACAUGAAAAAGGUUGCUAAAAUUUCGAAUAAUGAAAAUCAUUUAUGUUCAGGUCAUGGUCUUCACAACUUAGUUAUUGUUGAUGGUGUUAAGAAAAAUAUUAUAUAUAAGUUCAGCGACUUAGAGAAAGAAAUAGACAUCGUACAGCAAAAAGUUCUUCUAUUAGUUGAUAAUGCAUCCGAGUAUUUAGAAAUGGAAGAUAAUGAUCCGUUAUUUUUAGAUUUAGAUGAGUUUAAUCUUAAUGACUUAGGCUUGUUAGGAAAACAAGGAAUUUAA